AGUAUUAGAAGAAUCCGUCCAGGAAACAUGUCAAAAUUACUAUUUCCUCCUGUCUUUCUCUUCCUGCUGCUGCAAUUGCGGUCAUUCGCCGCUCUGACGCUACGCGGCGCUCAAUGCGGCAGCAAGCGCUGCUCCUUGUUGGAGUCGUGCAGCCAGUACAGCGCCCUCUGCGAACCCUGCAGCAAAAUUUGCGAGUUGGAUUCGCACAAUCACGAGGAGCAGAGGUGCGAGAGGGAUUGUCAGGCAUAUCUUAUGGACCAACGCUAUUUGACAAGAUCUUCGAGUAAUGGAAAUGAUGGUGAUAUUAGAGAGGAAGUUUCGAGACUAAAAGGACAACUCACAGCCACUUUAAUAGUCUGCACCCUCUUGGCUUUGGUAAUUGUUGCAGUUUGUUUAGCAAAAUUCUUCAGGUGCAUGCGAGAUCGAGGACUGUUGAGCAAACAAUGGUUCAGAGAUAGACUGAACUUGAAAAAGAAAUCCCAUUACCCAGAAUCUCCGACUGUGAUGCGAAAUCCGCACGUCCAGAAUGACACACCCGCAGUGACACAAAAAGUGGCGCCAUCUCAAUCUUCGGCUGGUGACCAAUUGACGACACAGUUGAGUACAUUGUCUGCUUCUGGACUGAAAUUGCAGAUGCCACCAGCCGGAUAUCAGAAUGAUUCACCACCUCCUGCUCCGAGUACAAUAGCAUCAGGUUGGAGCACUCCUGGAACAGAAACAUCACAUCUGGCAACACCCAGCAUAGCACCAGGUUCUAAUAACCGGCGUCAUCCUGCAGAGGACUCUGUUUACCAGGCCCGGACUGGAUACGAUAAUAAGGGAUUAAAUUUGACGCCGAGCCCCGAUAAGAAGGAAACGCACGGAUUUUGAGUAUUUAAACGUUGACGG